AUUUUUUUAAAAAAAUUUAGAUUUAUAUUUUGGCUAAUAUUUUAAACCUUUUUUUUACUUUUAUUUGAAAAAAAAUGUCUUUAUUCCAACCUCUAAUAAAAGUAAUGAUCCAUAUAACGUUCAUCAUUUCAAUAGAUAAAACGGUAUCAUUUGUUAUGUCAAUGAAGAACAUGAGUCUUCCAAAACUCCCCGAAGCUCUUAAGCAUAAAAAUGAUGAAUGCUUUGAACGCAAUAUAAAAACACAAGAUGAUUUUAAUAUCACUGAGUUUAUGGGUGUAUGGAUAGCAAUCGCACAGACUAUUCCAAUAAAUGAAUAUAUUCUAGAAUCAGGCAUAACGGCUCACUUACACAAAGGCGGAAAAUUUUUCCAAGUCAAACAUGCGGGAUAUAUGUACGAUGCUCAAAAAGAAGAUUGUGUAGGUCCUUCUAUACUUGAAAGUUGGGAAGAUCCAAAUCAUACCGGAUACAUCCAUAGUCAUUUCAUGAAUGACAAAGGGGAGAUAUAUUUUAACGUUUCUUUCAAAGUAGUAUACACAGAUUAUAGCACUUCAAUAUUAUACACCUGUCAUAAAUUCGAUUCUUCAGGUCAAAUAUGCUUGCCGGAAUAUACAUUCGUAUCUAUAAAUGCGAGAAAUAAAGAUAUACCUAAGUUAAAAUGGUGUCAAAUACUUAGUACGAUCAAGUCUCACUUAUGCGUCGAUCCUAAAAAAUUAUACAUUAUUUCAAGAAGAUAUGACUGCAAACACAAAUUAGAGUUAGAGAAGGGCAUUGUUCGGUUUGAAUCGAAGUCUCAAUGGGCCGAUAAAAGUGGCAAUCGUGUCAAGAGAUCCGUCGAGACAAUGAAAAUGAUUCACAAAGAAUGCUUAAAUAAUUAUCAAUAAUGCGGCGAAAUUGUUGCAAAAUAUUUUUUUAUAAUAUAAUAAAUGUUAGAAACUUUAGAAAUGUUGUCAUAUACUCAA